UCAUCGACUCGCACGGAUCGUCAGAAAGCCUCGUUCAGGACGAGGACCCGGUCCGGCAUUUCCUCUUUCCUCUCGCCCCGACCAGCAACAGAGAUGCUGGACCCUCUCCUCACUCAGCCCUUUUCAGAUCCAGAUGCCAUUGGCGCUUUCGCUGAAGCCUUGAGAGAAGACCAAGGCAAACAGGAGCUCCCCAUUGCUGCUCUCUCCACUGCAGGCGCGGCAGCGCAGGCUUGGGCGAAGCUCGGGUUCUCCUCCUCGUCCAAGUCGCCUCAGCUUACUUCAGGGAGUCCUUCCCUGCUCUCUCCUGAUGGACAUGCUCCAGCGAGUACGCCCACCUUGACAGUACCCUCGGCAGAGCAGCGCAAGGUUGGCAAGAUUUCGGCAGUAUCCGAUUUCGCUCCCAUCAGGGAGAGAACUGCCCGGCGGCCCGCUCGGGGAGCUCAAGACACCGGCAGGAGAGAAGGACUGCUCUACUCCAUGCUACGGUGGCCCCUCUUGCUCACCAUCUUCCUGGUCAUCGGUCUCGAGUUUGCGGCGUAUGUCUUUACUCGCCAAAUCGUUAAUGUAGUCGAGUGGCUGGUGGCUCACCGGGGCAGGAAAGGGGUCCUGAGACGUCAGAUGCGCAACGCCAAGGACUUUCAGACAUGGAAGGAUACUGCCCUUGAGCUGGAUGAUCAUAUGGAACAUGAUGCUUGGAAGAGGCAAGACAGCUCUGGGCUCUACGACUGGAUUCUAGUCAAAAAAGUGUCUCACUCACUCAAGACUUUCAGAGAACAGGAUGACGUACAAGAGCUGAUGCUGGUCCUCACGCUGUGCUGCACCAACAAUUUCGCCGGUACGGAGAACUUCAGACUGUACAGUGAGACGUACUACGGCUCGAAGUACCUGAUCGAAGCCUACCUUGCUGAAGUUGAGCUUGGCCUAGACUACAUGUCGAAAACGGAGAAGAUUCCACUGGAACAGAAGAGAGCAUUCUUUCGCGACGUUGCCAAGAAUCUAGGCAAAUCAGGUCUGGCUCUCUCAGGCGGUGGAUCGUUCGGCUACUACCACAUUGGACUUGUCAAAGCCCUGUUAGACGCAAACCUGCUUCCUCGCAUCGUGUCGGGGACCAGUGCCGGAGGGCUCAUUGCAGCACUAACCUGUACUCGUACCGACGAGGAGCUUUCUCGCCUUCUCGUUCCCGAGCUGGCGGACCGCAUCACAGCCUGCGAGGAGCCUAUCACCAUCUGGGCCAAGAGGGCUUGGCAGACAGGUGCCCGCUUCGACCCUAUCGAAUGGGCGGAGAAGGCGUCUUUCUUCACGCUUGGAUCCCUGACCUUCGAGGAGGCUUUCAAGCGUACUGGCAAGGUAUUGAACGUCUCUGUCAUUCCAUCAGAGAAGAACAGUCCCGUCAAACUGCUCAAUCACAUUACAGCGCCGAGGUGUGUGAUAUGGUCUGCCCUCCUUGCCUCGGCGGCGGUUCCGGGCUUGCUGCCGCCGGUAUGUCUGAUGCAGAAGACAAGGAAGGGCGAGUACGUUCCCUGGAACUGGGGUCAUCGCUUCAGAGACGGCAGUCUCAGGGUCGACAUUCCUCUUCAAGAUCUCCACUCAAUGUUCCAGGUCAAUUAUCCAAUUGUCUCGCAAGUCAAUCCUCAUGUGCAUCUCUUCUUCUUUGCGCCGAAGGGCAUGCCUGGCCGCCCUGUCGCGCACCGCAAGGGCAAAGGCUGGAGGGGAGGCUUCCUGCUCAGCGCAUCUGAGCAUGUUCUCAAGCUUCACCUCUCUGUCAACUUCAAGAUCAUUCGAGAUCUGGACUUGCUUCCGGCCAUUCUAGGUACCGACUGGUCCGGCGUCUUCCUACAACGCUUUGGCGGUGCAGUGACAAUCUGGCCAAAGACAAGAUUCCUAGACUGGGUCCGCAUCUUGUCCGAUCCUGACCGUCCAGAGCUGAGGAGGAUGAUCAGGGUCGGUCAGCAAGCAACAUGGCCUAAGCUACACAUGAUUGAGAAUCGAAUUCGAUUGGAGAGGGCCGUGGCGCGGGGGAGGAAAGCCUGCAGGAGAGCACUGAGAGCC